GUCAGCGCACACUAGGGUAGCACGCUAGAUGGUGACUAAUACACGCGGUCUCUACGCAUCAUACCAAUGCAUACCAUCUUGGUCCCACUGAUGUUCCUUCUAACUCUGGUCGACAUGGCAAGCUGUUGAUGGACUCUCGCGGAAAGUGCGACUAAUUCGCUUGACUCGGUGUCCUCUACCUAGGUUCUCUGAGAGAUAAUGGCGUCCGCGAAAGCUGAGACACGAUAUGGUCGCUCACCUUUUGAUCUGUUCGUUCUAGAACAUUGGGAAAGCACUAGCGCUGCGCUACCAGCCGACCAUCAUCAGCGAUGGAAUGAAAUAGCAAGGAGGUACCGCAGUACAAGCCUGCUGCAGAGAUGGCCCCUGUACAAGCGGAUCCAGGACGCACUGACGGAAAUCCCUGGUGCAGUACCUCUUCUUUCACCCACCCCGAAACAAGUCGGCCAGGUGUUUGCUCCGCAUCAAACCAUUCAAGAACACAAUAUCAGCAGACAGUUCAACUCAGGGUGGAAUGUAGUCUGGUUAAGGACAUGUUACAAGCCCUCAAUGGCCCAAAGCUACGCUGAGCUUGCACAACUUUCCGGGGCUAAGUAUGAAGGCGGCUGCGUUGAGAGUCUGAACCAUGUGCUAGAUGAUCAUGCGCUUUACGAUUUUCAUGGAUCAGAUCAAGAAGUCCUGGGCCAGCUUCUUCUUCGCAUUCCCGGAUUGACCGAUGGUUUGGGUAUCUCGGACGAGUAUGGAGAUGGUAGUGAACUUGUUCAUGGAAGUGCAAUACACCAAUCUGAGAUGGAAGGGGACGAGAGCAAUCGUACAGAUGGUAUCGAUACCGAUCAAGAACUACUCGAUAUUAGAGACGUUGGAAACCGGGUUCAAAACUAUGUAUACGUGGCAGAUGAGGAAGCCAUCGAGAAGAGGAGGGUGAAGAUCUGGUGGUUCGAUGAGUUUGGGAAGAUCAUCUGGGAUAGCUACGCUGAAAUCCCAGGUUCUGAUUUGGAUGGGCUGCGUGGUGCAAUCAUGGAUGGGCAAGCCUUCCUUGAGAUUGUCGGAGAAGACGGCAAAAGAGGCGAUCAAAUUACCCGAUAGACAGGCCAGGAUCACGGGACAGAGCCGGCACGACUUGGCAACGAUGCUUCACAAAGAUCCGGCCCAAAGAACAAGACUGCUGUGGGACACGCAAGAAGAGCAUGGGUUAUGCGGUGCUGUCAUGUGAGCACGGCAUCUGGCGGGGUAUU